AUGGUAAUCGUUGCCUGGAUUACCUCAUUUGCCACCAGUGCCCCUCAAGUCGUUUUCUAUUUUUCAAUUCUUAAUAUUGUUCAAGUGUAUUUCUUUCCACUGGUUGUCACUGUCGUCUGUUAUUCCUUGAUCCUCUGGAAGAUCUCCGAGGAAUCGGCGACAAAGAAGAAAGAAACAGAAGUAUCGUCUGAUGCGUUAUUACGGCGGAGCGGAUUGCAUACACUGCAAAGAGCACGAAGUCGGACGUUAAGGUGUGUGGUGAAUUCAUAA